UUGCAUGUUUCUUUGUGCAAUGGAGAAUUAUACUUGGCUUUUUGUCACACCUUGCCACAUGCUGCUAGGCAUUACACAACAGCUUGCCAGUUUGGCGACUGGGUUCACCAAACACAAUGCAAUUAUACAAUGCAAUGCAACAACAUUUUAUUUCGUGUGGGCAGUGUAAUAAUCUCGUGAAAUAAAACACUAGUCAUCUGUUAUUCGCGGUAAAAUGACUACGACCCUUUAAACAACUUAUCCCCAAAAAGUCUGCCAUUUCUAGUUUCACGUGAACAUCAAACAAGGUCGAAAACCAAUCGGUAGUACCGAUCCCAGCUGAUAUUGACUGCCGUGUUGUUAUUAACGCUUCGUUAGUGUUAGCCUGUGAGCCGGCUCUCCUGUAUGUCUUGAAAUGAAGGUAGCUCAAUACAUUCUCUGUCAAGACGCUCUUGUUUUCCCUCCAUAUAGAUUCAUUCACAAUAUGUCUCAACCGGUGCACAAAGCUAGCAGUACCGCAAACCUGGUGGCAAUGGAGGACCCUUCCCUUCUCUCCCUAAACAAGCACGAAGAUGGCGAGAACGGGUCCCCCACAGUGUACUCAUCUGAUGUGGAGAUUGUUUGCAAUAGUCGCGAUCUGCUGUGGGGAUGGCGGAGCUUCAGACCUUGGUGGCUUCAGUUCCUUAACUCUCCAAAAUGGUUUUUAUUCGUCCUCUGUCUCUUCGGUUUCCUCCAAGGAAUGGCCGUCAAUACAUUCAUCAACAUGUCCUUUCCAUCCCUGGAGAAACAAUUCUCAAUGACCUCCAAGGAGACGGGAUUCAUUGCGUCAUCCAAUGACAUCACAGCAUUGACGCUGGUGAUUUUCGUCAGCUUCUUUGGCAGCUAUGGUCACAAGACCAAGUGGUUGGGAGGUGGAGCUAUCUUGACGGGUCUGGGAGCUUUGGUUUAUGCACUUCCACAUUUUGUAUCACCAAAGCACGACCCUACAGGGGCUAAACAGGGAGGUACACCGUUUUGUCUGCGCAACACUUCAUUGUCAGCUUACAAAGAUCCAGACUGCGGAACCGCCACGGAGAACGUGCCAAUGCUGUACUAUGCACUCUUCAUCAUCUCACAACUCAUGUCCGGGGCUGGAACCACGCCCCUUCACACGCUCGGCCCCGCCUACCUGGACGAGAACGUUCCCUCCAUCUCUGUGGGCGCCUACUUGGCCGUUUUCUACUUGGCAGGAUUCAUGGGGCCUGGGAUCGGCUCGAUCAUCGGGGGACAGUUUUUGACGGUUUAUGUCGAUAUCAGCCCACCCCCGGAUAUCAAGUUGACGCCUGCGCAUCCUAUGUGGAUAGGGGCCUGGUGGCUAGGCCCAGCCUCUUGCGGACUGAUGAUUAUCUUGCUGGGCGUGGUCAUGCUGGGCUUCCCCCGUCGCCUGCCCGGCGCAAACGCCGUUCGCAAGGAGAUGAAGGAGUGCGGGGAGACCGAUGAUAGGACCCUUACAGGGGGUAUCAAGGACAUCCUACCCGCUACCAAGGAACUGCUUACCAAUGGGACAUACAUGUUUCAGAAUAUGGGGAUCACUUUCAGUACCUUGGUCGGGUUUGGGAUAUUUCCUUUCAUCUUCAAGUUCGUCACGGGGCGUUACGGCGCAAGCGCACUGGUGGCUGGUGUUGCUCUCGCCUUCAUCCUCAUACCGGCAUGUGCUCUUGGGCUUUUCUCGGGUAGCUACCUGGUCAAACGCUUCCGUGUUCGUCGUUCUUGUACGCGGGCAGCCAAGCUCACAGCCGUGCUGCAGAUUAUCGGAGUGUGGGGCUCGCUCGUCUUUCUCGUCCCCGGAUGUCAGUACUCUAACUACGUAGGAGUGGACGUGCCCUAUAUCAAUAGCUCUGUCAGCUCUAUAACCAUAGACAACGCCUGCAACGCGGGCUGCCUGUGUUCGAAGGCGCAAUUUAGUCCCGUCAAGAGUGGGGAAAAGACAACAUUCUAUUCUCCGUGUUACGCUGGCUGCCCGCCGCAGAAACGAACGAAGGAGGGUUAUACUGGCUGCGCGUGUACCCCACCCAUGAUAAACGCAACUGGACCGCACCCAAACGCCACCUCGCAUCUGAAGCCCGGGAUAUACCAAGAAGCCUGCUCGCUCAAGUACCUAGUCUUCUUCUCCAUAGGAUCUUUUCUGACAAUUGUCUUUGGAUUCAUGAACGGCAUUCCGAGCAAGAUUGUCUCUCUAAGGUCCGUCCCGGACACUUACCGUGCCUACGGCCUUGGCCUACAAUUCGUGUUCAUGCGGACAAUAGGGGCGUUGCCCGGCCCGGUCAUUAUCGGCACGAUUAUCGACCACACGUGCACCCUGUGGAAAACCAAGUGCGACAAGCCGGCGAACUGCCUCAACUACGACUACGACAAGCUGGGUUAUAUCAUAACAGCGUAUGGGUUGCCGACUCAUCUCCUCUCUCUUCUCUGCUACUACCUAUCCUAUCACUUUAGCAAGAACAAGAAAUUCGAUGGCGACGGUACACUCACCAAAUCAAACGCGGCCGAAGAGAUGGGUAACAUCGACAAGAAAGAUGGAGAAUAAAACUGGUUACACUUGUUACUGGUUACAUUAUUGGAAUUGAUUGUAAUUAUAGCCUUUAUUAUAAUGCAAUUAGCGUAUUUAUCUGGCAGUUUUGGCUUGUCUAAGAACAAAGAACCUAAGAAUCACCAAACAAGAUAAAAUAAUUAUCAUAACAAGGAAAUAAAUUGGAAACCACUCAACAAACCUAGAUUUUUAGGCUGUGUGCUUGAGUUUUAGUGAUUUCUGACUGCCUCAUACCCAUGCGUCUCAAGUCAGUAAAAACAAGUGAGAAAUAUACUAAUGAGCGUAAGUCAUGAGAAGGUUUAGCUAGUAGCUUAGUCCGGUCACGCUAGUAAGCGCCUGGGUACGAGGCAGGGUCACGCAAGUAAGCGCCUGGGUACGAGGCAGGGUCACGCAAGUAAGCGCCUGGGUACGAGGCAGGGUCACGCUAGUAAGCGCCUGGCUACGAGGCAGGGUCACGCAAGUAAGCGCCUGGGUACGAGGCAGGGUCACGCUAGUAAGCGCCUGGUACGAGGCAGGAUUUCUGAAUCGAACUUCAGUCGUUCGCCAAUCGAUAAUAACUCGUGACAGUUUUGGUUUCGCUAGAUUAAAUAGAAGUUUGAUUGGUA